GGACCCUGGUGGCUGUAAAAAAACAGUAAAAGAAAUUGAAGAGGAAAAGUUAACAACGUAUAUGUGGGAGCUCUUUAUCACAGACACAAAGAAAUGCACCUGGAAGGCACAAUGUAGUCCACUUAGCAGGAAGAUAAACAAGACGUCUACUCCAGGUAGCUCUCAGCUUAGCUGUCGGUCAUCUCCCUAUGGUCAAACCCCUCGUGGUGGCGAAACUUCCACUGUACUUUGCUCUGAAGAUAACGUCAAGGUCAAUGUAGCUUCAUCUGAUGUCAUGAGUGAGUCAGCACAAGCUAAAGAACAACCAUCUCUCUUCCGCUCCCUACAGGAAGUCACCCAGAUAACACAUGAAGUGGUGUCAAAAGAUGUCCAUAAAAAACAAGAUACGGUUAAGAAGACUGGACUGCAACGUGUGUUGCCAGUGGCUCAGAAGAACUCCAGAGUAAACGUGCCAUUCAUUAAGGACCACGAGGGUACGAUGGCAGGGAAGCGGAGGCCCAGGAGGCAGGGUCACAGCUGCCACAUCAGUUCUUUCAUUAAAAGCAAAUCUAACUUGGGUGCCGAGAUGAGGCAGAAGUUCACAGCAGUCCGUGAAGAAGCAGCUGCUUGUUUACAUGAUACCCUCGUGGGCCUUGAGAGGAGGCAGGAAGAGCGAUGUCAAAAAUACCAGGCUUUGAAACAAUUGAAGUAUUUCAGAAGAGACAUGGAAAGAAUGAGACAGCUGGGCAUGACAGCCGAAAGAGAACAUGAAGAUCGACUAAAUUGGUUUCCUGUAUUGCUUGCCAGACUCCCAGAGUCUGUGAAGAGUGACCAUUAUGUACAGAAAAUCCUAAAGAAACUGGAAAAAUAUGGCGAGACUCCCGACUUGAAAAUUCACCCAGACACCUUUCUUAAGGUUCUGGCUGAUCUACAGGUGUGGGAGCUGUGUUCUCCAGUAAUUGCUGCCGCUGUGGAGUUUGUACGUGAAAGUAUUGUGCAGAUGCCAGAAGAGGAUUUCAGCGCGUGGUUUCAGACAAGAGUAUCUCCCCUCAGCGCACAGUCCUCCACCUUUUAA